GAUGGCCUGUAUUGUUGACUAUAACUGUUGACUCAUUAUAAUGUCAUUGAAUUCUAUUAAUUAACUAAUCAUUCGAUUGAUUUAAAUCUUGGAAAUCAAUAAUCAAAACAUUUAAACAAAAUAUACGAAUAAAUCAAUUGCCGAACAAAUGAAUGGAAAAUCAUAGGAAUAGUGAGCUAUAGUUUGUAUGCAAUAAAUGGUGUUUAGUGUAUGAGUGAGUCAUGAAUGCCAUUAUUAAUGAUAUUAUGGUUACUAUUUGAGAGCAUAUACUGUAUGUCUGAAUGUUUUGAUGUCUGAUUUCAACACAUUCUUUGCCAUUCAAUUGCAAGACAUGAAUGACCACCGAUGACAGCGACCAUUGGUGUUGAUUGACAUCGCAGUGAUUGUUCAUCACUAAUAACAUGAUGUCUUCUUUGGCCCGACGAAUGGCCACUUCCUCACUAUGCGGUGCUUCACAGACACAACACUCUCCCAACACAUCGACAGCACUUCCAUAUCCAACACGAAUGGAAAAAGUCAAAUUUGGAACACCAUUGGAGAGCGUUUGCGGCGCUCAUAAUGACAUCCCGGGACCACUUCUAGUGAUGAUUCUUAAACUGAAUAAAGAGGCGCCCUUUAAGAAGGAUGUGUUUCGAGCUCCGGGACAUCAGGCAAACAUGAAAAAGUUGAUACAUUUCCUUCAGAACGGCCGUUUGGUUAAUAUCGAUAACUAUUCUGUUUAUACCAUUGCUUCCGUUCUCAAGAAGUUUCUUCGAAAGUUGCCGUCCGGUGUCUUCGGAACAGAACGCGAACAGCGAUUGUUUCAGAUUAUUGAGUGGGAAAAUGUCGAAGAAAAACGUCAAGAAAUACAUAGGAUACUGACAUCACUGCCAGUUGUCACACAACAUCUUCUGGUGCUUUUGUUUGGUACCUUCCGAGCGAUGGCCACCUGUUCAGAGCGGGCCAGCACUGGUAUGACAUCGGAAGCAAUAGGCGUAUCAGUGGCGCCGAGUUUUUUCCAUUCAUGUGUUCAGGACGGCAGCAAAUUUGCCCGAAUGGAAGACGUCCAGAGAUUUAAGGCACAAAUCGCGGUGGCCACAACUAUAAUGAAGUUUUUGAUCGACAAUUUUGGUGUCUGUAAUCUAUUUGGAAGAGAUAAUUAUGAAUAUUACGCCCGAAUAUCGGGUCGAGUGCUCAAAGUGGAGGAAAACUGGAUUUUUGCGUUCAAAUACCCGCCCGACACACAACAUAACACACCCAUUUCUUCAUCAGAAGAGUGUCAGAGCUCACCAACACUUUGUACGAGUGGUAGUUCGUCAGUGACUGUUCCACCUCUGUCUUCGGUACAUAUGAUUAACCAAAACAUUGAAGACACUUACGCCAGACUUAGUAUGUCUUUAGAAGAAACCAUUUUUAAGUCGCAUCAUUCAUCACCCAAUUCACCGCAAACUAUAGUAAUGAUGCAUCAAAAUCAACAGACAUCACAACCACAACAAACACAAGCGAUGGUCACCGAAGAGGCGCUCAAUUUAGACGAUCUCAAGUCUGUCAACCGAUACGCCGAAAGUACAAAAUCGCUCACAUUUUUGCCGAUUGUUCACGAAAGACAAACUCAACGCAUGAAAACUCGAUCCGAAUGGUUUCUCAAUCCGGAUAAUGAAGGUGUUUCUUCAUCGCAUUCGUUCACAUCUUCGACCACUACAGCCAACAAUAGAAAAUCAGUCGACCAUUCGUUGUCCUCAUCGAUGUGUGGUUCUUCAGUGAAACAAUUGGUGCGAAGGACUUCAUCCAAAGAAAAACGAUUAGUUCGGCGCUCGUCGUCUAAGAAGGACAAGGAAAAUGGUAGCGAACAUAAAACACAACACACGAGUGGCACCAAUAAUGGCUUUCAAUUGUCGGCCUCAAGUGUUAGCAAUUCUGAUGCAAACCAAUUGGUCACUAAUCAGACUUCCAUGUGCUCCGAGUCUGAAUCAACCGAUUGUGAUGUCCAGCAAAAGAAUACAACAAAUACAACGCUCAUAUAUAAGCCUCGAAUAUAACAUUGUUUUCAUAACAUUUGUUUCUAUUAAGAAAGUGAUAACAAAAUUAAGAAUUAUUAUAAAAUUAUUACACACUUUACAGUAUAUAUAUAUUUAAGAUUUC